UACAAAAUUUCGUGCAUUUGUUCUCGUUUCGUCUUUUUCGUUUUGUUUUAUUUUUUAAGCUUUUUGGUAUCCUUUUAUCAAUCUUUCACGCGUGUUGUGCGUUGUCCUCGUCUGGUCACACUCGUCUCUCCGCACAUCGCUGUUAACGAAAAGAAAAGUGAACACGCGCGUAAUUCUUACACCCCCACCCUAUCGCAACGCCGCCUUCCUGUGUUUGUGACAUUUUUGGCAUAAUUAUUGCAUUCCACGUGUGUUUCGUGUUUUUGUUCGUCCGGUCUCGUCCCGUAUUUUUGAUCCGUUGUAAAAUUUUCUUCGUUUCGUCUCUAUGAACGUGUUAUAAAAUAAUUGUGCAAAAACAGCAAAAACCACAAAAAAAAUCAAACAAGGCUCAAAUUUUACAUCAAUACCAACAACAACAAUAUUUACCCCGCUGUUUUGUAAGUUUAUGUUGGUAUUGGUGCAAAGAGUUCUUAGCAUGAACCCAGCUGUAAGUUUGCACUACGACGAGAAAGAAAACGUAGCGACCAUGAUGUCCUGCCCCCUACCUAUGCCAUUACCGAUACCGAUACCUUCAAUACAUAAAACUGAAUUCACACCGGUUCACAUUGGAGUUAAGGUAAGGAUCGAUGAACAAUUUCUGUAUAAACUCAAUCAUUUGGUGAGUCCACACGCUUAUUGCCAAAUGCCAACACAAUUACGCGGAAGCGACGAACUUUUGAGUCAAGCAGCAGUCAUGGCGCCCGCUUCCGACAAUAAUAAUCAGGAUCUGGCCACAAAGAAGGCCAAACUGGAUUCGAGCACCGUGCUGGCCGGCGGAAUUGCCAAAGCCUCGAAAGUCAUUCAUUUGCGCAACAUUCCAAACGAAUCUGGUGAAUCGGACGUAGUUGCACUUGGCAUACCAUUCGGACGUGUGACAAAUGUCCUGGUGCUGAAGGGCAAGAAUCAAGCAUUUAUUGAAAUGGCCGACGAGAUAUCCGCCACAUCGAUGGUAUCCUGUUAUACAGUGAAUCCGCCACAGAUGCGCGGCCGCAUGGUCUACGUGCAGUUCUCCAAUCAUCGCGAGCUCAAGACGGACCAGAGUCACAAUCAGAACUCCUCGGUGGUGCAGAGCGACUAUCGCAUUCAAUCGCCUGCCGGUGGAUCACCCUUGCCGCUGUGCGCCGUGGCCAAUGUGACCAGUAACAAUGCAAACAGCUCGGGCGACAGCAACUGCAGCACUGUGGCCAUCUUGCAGAACAACACGAGCGCUGUAAACGCCUCUGCGGCCGGCAACAAUACCAAUGCAGCCGGCGGACCCAAUACCGUGCUGCGAGUAAUUGUCGAGACUCUGAUGUAUCCAGUUUCGUUGGACAUAUUGCAUCAGAUAUUCCAACGCUUUGGCAAGGUGCUAAAGAUAGUUACCUUCACCAAGAACAACUCAUUCCAGGCGCUCAUCCAGUAUCCGGAUGCCCACUCUGCACAGCAGGCCAAGUCUAUAUUGGAUGGCCAGAAUAUCUACAACGGUUGCUGCACUUUGCGUAUUGACAACAGCAAAUUGACCGCCUUGAAUGUCAAGUACAAUAAUGAUAAGUCACGUGACUUUACGAAUCCGGCGCUGCCACCGGGCGAGCCGGGCGUCGAUCUCAUGCCCACUGCCGGCGGCCUCAUGAAUACAAAUGAUCUGCUGUUGAUUGCCGCCCGCCAGCGGCCCUCACUAACAGGUGAUAAAAUAGUCAACGGCCUGGGAGCACCCGGCGUGCUGCCGCCUUUCGCCUUGGGCCUGGGCGCACCACUCACCGGCGGCUACAGCAACGCCCUGCCCAAUUUGGCCGCCUUCUCGCUGGCCAACAGCGGCGCCCUGCAAACAACUGCGCCCGCCAUGCGCGGUUACUCGAAUGUGUUGCUCGUUUCGAAUUUAAAUGAGGAGAUGGUCACGCCUGAUGCUCUAUUUACCCUCUUUGGUGUAUACGGCGAUGUGCAACGUGUAAAGAUUUUGUACAACAAAAAGGACUCGGCACUCAUACAAAUGGCAGAGCCACAGCAAGCUUAUUUGGCCAUGUCUCACCUUGAUAAAUUACGUUUAUGGGGCAAGCCAAUACGUGUCAUGGCCAGCAAACAUCAGGCCGUGCAACUGCCCAAGGAGGGACAGCCGGACGCGGGCCUCACACGUGACUACUCACAGAAUCCAUUGCACCGUUUCAAGAAGCCCGGCAGCAAGAACUAUCAGAACAUCUACCCGCCAUCGGCGACACUGCAUUUAAGUAACAUUCCCUCAUCCUGCACCGAGGAUGACAUCAAAGAAGCCUUCAGCUCCAACAAUUUCGAGGUUAAAGCAUUCAAAUUUUUCCCUAAGGACCGCAAAAUGGCGCUGCUGCAACUGUCGUCGGUGGAGGAGGCUGUGCUGGCACUGAUCAAAAUGCACAACCAUCAGCUGUCCGAGUCGAAUCAUUUGCGCGUGAGCUUCUCCAAGUCGAACAUCUAGAAUCCGACCCGUGGUCAGGUUCACUGAACUUGACUGAGUGCCAACAGCAGCUAUGCACUACGGCAGCAGUUCUUUUGGCAGCAACAGAUACAAUCUAUUAUUCGUAGUACAAGCGGCGUGCUGGGCAAUCGCCACCACAUCCACUUCAACUGAGAAGCGAGCCCAACCAACCCAAUAUAACCCAACCCAUCAAACAACAGCAGCAACAAUCGAUGCAAGAGCUAUAGCUACUUAUAUACAAACAAAAUCUAAAAUCUAAUUUCUGUUUUUAUUAUAACAAUGCGCAAAACUCUAUUACAAAACUUACUACAGAAAUUCUAAAAAACUAAUAAACAAAACUAUACAAUUAAUUAAUAUAUAUAUAUAUAUUUAAAUGAAGAAUACAAUUUCAAAUUUCAAUUGUAAGACAAGCAUUAAGAGAAACAAAUACAAAAAAUAGAAGGAAAACACAAAAGCAGCCCACUAAACAAUCAGCGACGUCGUAUAAUCAUAAGCUUAAAGUAAAAACUUAAAUUUAGUCCAUAAGUAAGUUGCAUUGCAUAGAGAGAAAGAAGAAGCAAAGCAAACUUAGAACUAACUUAAGUGCACUGUACUGUGUUUUGGUUUUAAGAAACAGCAGAAAGUCAAAACAAACAAAAAACAAAUCAAUUUAUGUUAAACAAUGGAGUAAGCAAAAAAAACAAAUUUUUAUUGUGUACGAGUAUUUACUGUUAUUAUAUUUUAAGUGAUUGAAACUUUGAUUGAAAACUCUUAUUUUUUACAAAAAAAAAACAAAAGAAAAAGAAAAAAACAUAUGAACUUAAAGUGCAUGCGCGCAUUUAAGCAGUUUUUAAACGUUUUUCAUUUUGUUAGCGGUACGAUUAAUGUUAAAAGUAAAGUUAAUCUCAAAAAGCAAAACCCAAUCAGCGUGCAUACUGACUCUUUAAGUGUAAUUGAAGCCAAGCAAAAUGGCGCUGAAAUGUAUUAAAUUUAAAUAUAAUAAAGCAUCUAUUCGGGCACUUGAAGAGAAACCCCAUUAUAAA